GGGCGGGCGCCGGAACAGUGUCGCCGGCCGCCUGCAGGUGUCUCCCCACGGAGGGGCGCGCGUCCCUGCGCCGUGGCCGCUGCCAGGCUCCAGCGGCUCCUCGCCGAGGUGCACUCGCGCUCCGGGCUCCGGGCGCGCCGGAGCCGCUCGGCCGCUGCCGCCCGCCCCCCGCGCCCCCCGCGCUCCCCGCGCCGCGCCCUCACCCCGGGGCGGGGGAGGGCAUGGGCCCGCGCGGCGUCCUCCGCCGCCGAUCCAAGGCGCCCGAGCCCCGGGGCGCGGCGGGCAGCGGCCGCUGACGCGGGGCGCCGGCUGCCAACUUCGCGCGCGGAGCUCCCCGGCGGCGCGGGCGGCAUGAAGACGAGCCGCCGCGGCCGAGCGCUCCUGGCCGUGGCCCUGAACCUGCUGGCGCUGCUCUUCGCUACCACCGCCUUCCUCACCACGCACUGGUGCCAGGGCACGCAGCGGGUCCCCAAGCCCGGCUGCGGCCAGGGCGGGCGCGCCAACUGCCCCAACUCGGGCGCCAACGCCACGGCCAACGGCACCGCCGCCCCCGCCGCCGCCGCCGCCGCCGCCGCCGCCGCCGCCGGGAACGGCCCCCCUGGCGGCGCGCUCUACAGCUGGGAGACUGGCGACGACCGCUUCCUCUUCAGGAAUUUCCACACCGGCAUCUGGUACUCGUGCGAGGAGGAGCUCGGCGGGCUCGGUGAAACAUGUCGCAGCUUCAUUGACCUGGCCCCAGCAUCGGAGAAGGGGGUCCUGUGGCUGUCGGUGGUGUCCGAGGUGCUGUACAUCCUCCUGCUGGUGGUCGGCUUCAGCCUCAUGUGUCUCGAGCUCUUCCACUCCAGCAAUGUCAUCGACGGGCUCAAGCUCAACGCCUUCGCAGCUGUCUUCACGGUGCUGUCCGGCCUCCUGGGAAUGGUCGCCCACAUGAUGUACACACAGGUGUUCCAGGUCACCGUGAGCCUCGGCCCUGAAGACUGGAGACCCCACUCCUGGGACUACGGAUGGUCCUUCUGCCUGGCGUGGGGCUCCUUUACCUGCUGCAUGGCAGCCUCCGUCACCACACUCAACUCCUACACCAAGACGGUCAUUGAGUUCCGGCACAAGCGCAAGGUCUUUGAGCAGGGCCACCGGGAGGAGCCAACCUUCAUAGACCCUGAGGCCAUCAAGUACUUCCGGGAGAGGGAUGAAAAAAAAGAAGAACAGAAAAGAAAAGAAAAGAAAAGAAAAAAGAGAAGAAAAGAAAAAAAACAACAUUUUUCCUUGUACGGAACCUUCUCAUAGCAUUGACGAGGCUAUCUGCCGAUGAUGUCUGCCUUCCUGUAGCGUUAACACUUAGGGCUUUGUUCUGCUGUCUGGAACCAUCCAGGCCCUAGAAAAUAUUUGUUAAAAAAACAAAACACAACAACAACAACGACGACAAAAACUGUGUUCAGAGUUUGCUCCCUGGGAAGCCUAGGCCUAGCCCCUCAGUACAGUGGGCAAUCUUGGGUGCCGUUAUACGACACUUGUCAUUUUCUUUUCUUUCUUUUUUUUAAUGUUUAUUUAUUUUUGAGAGAGAAAGAGAGACGGAGAGGGAGCGGGGGAGGGGCAGAGAGAGAGGGAGACACAGAAUCCGAAGCGGGCUCCAGGCUCCGAGCCGUCAGCACAGAGCCCGACGCGGGGCUCGAACUCACGGACCACGAGAUCACGACCUGGGCCAACGUCAGAUGCUUAACACACACUUAACUGCGUCAGCAGGCGCCGCAACACUUGUCAUUUUCUGACUCGUGUGCAAGCUGCCUUCCUACCCAAUCAGAAGCUCUCUGAGGGCAGAGACUGUGAAGGGACGUAGGCACUUCUGUGGUGCACCCAGCAUGUGGUGUAGAUUACACGGAGCAGGUCCUUUGGAAGUUCUUGUUGAGUGAAUGAAUGAAUGAAUGAAUGAGUAGUCUGAGGGAACCAAAAUGAUCAGUGCAUGAGUGUUCCUGUCCCUUCUACUAGGCAUCUGGCAUUGCUCGCUGGUCAUUCAUCACCUUCCCAUGUCUCCUUCUCUAGCCCCACGCAUCUGGACACACCGGGCAACUAGACAUAAGACUCACUAGGAGGAAUCCGAAAACAGGGGUGGGGCAUUUGCCUGGGAGAGGACGGAGACGUCCCUGCAUGAGAGAAACGAGGGUAUCGGUGCAAAGAGGAGGCGAGUGGAGGAGUGCAAAGCAAGCAAAAGGCAAAAAGGAAUUGAGGAAAGAUAUCAAAACGUACGGCCAUGGGCGGUGUUCUCCCGCAGACACGAUAAUGAUUGGAAUUGUGUCUACCUCUGGGGACCAGACCGUGCUCCUGGAAGGGUGAUGCUCCUCUGGACUGGACCAGGCGGAGCUCUGCAAUUUAUCUGGGUUACAAAGAGGCGAGCGCAAUUGUGGGAACACGGCCCUGCCCAGUCUCGGGCCCAAGCAGUGCUGGGCCAGGGGUGAGGGUUUCGGUGUGCAGCUGCCCCCACCAGACCCUCGUCAGCCUCUGCUCCGUGCUUCGCAUCUCUGCCACACCAAUGCCAGCCCCCUCUGGAGCUGCAGUGAUCCUGAGACGCCAGAGGAGAAGGCAGCCACACACGUUGGUGGGAAGGAGCCACCUUCCAAACCUUCUGUGCCAGAAAUCGGAGGGCCGGGGCUUUGUUUAUGCGUAGACAUGCCUCGAGGAAGUGCUUUGAUUUAGUUAAGAAAAGAGACCCAGCUGAUAGGAGUCCAUUGGCCCCAAAUCAGGAAAUAGAGGGAAGCAAAAAUAAGGCUACAGAUUUAAUCCCUAUAUUCUCAUUAUCUAGGGUUAGUUCCUGUUAGCCUUUUGGUAUAGAUUCUGCCAAAUAAUCUUUUGUGCGUCCCAGUGUAUAAUUUUUAAAUCAAACUGUGCGCAGUCUUUUGUCGUGUACAUAGCGGAACGUCUUUUUGUGAGAACACGUGGGUUGGCGUCCCUGCUCCGCCUCUGACUUAUUAGCUGGUGGCGCUUGACUGGUCUCAUUAGCGUCCAGUGCCUCCGUUUCCCCAUCGACAAAGUGGAGAUAAUGACGCCCAUCUAAGGGGGU